GGGAGAUUCGACGAAAUUUGUAGGGAGAUGUUGCAGAUAAGACUGUGAAAUAACGGCAGUUACGGAAUGCACGAGGGAACUUUUGAUAGCGAAACAUGGUUCUUUUCCAUGUAUCAUAAGACAUAAAAAACAACAUUACAUACUGCAACUUGAAAUGGGGAAGAAAGACAAAAGGGAUAAAGAGGAACGAAGAGCCAGUAAAAGAGCAAGGCUUGAGCAGGCAGAAUAUGUUGAAGAAGAAGAAGAGGAUGUCAAGGAUGCUGACAAAGGGAUCCCUAAGGCAGCCACACAAAACAUUACAGAAGAAACCAAAGAGGAUGAAUUUGGGGCAAAAGACUACCGCCCAAUGCUUGACCUCAAGUUGGAUCAUGGAUCAAGACCUCUUUGGGUGGGCCCAAAUGGACACAUUUUUCUGGAGUCUUUCUCUCCUGUGUAUAAACAUGCACAUGACUUCCUGAUUGCCAUAUCUGAGCCUGUUUGCCGACCUCUAAAUAUCCACGAAUAUAAGCUCACGCCAUACUCUCUGUAUGCCGCAGUAUCUGUCGGAUUAGAGACAAAGGAUAUCAUCGAAUAUCUCCGGCGCCUUAGCAAAACAACUCUCCCCUCUGGUAUAGAGGAAUUCAUAAAGUUGUGUACCCUGAGUUAUGGUAAAGUGAAGCUUGUGCUGAAACACAACCGCUACUAUGUGGAAAGUCAACAUCCGGAUGUUAUACAGAAGCUCCUGAAGGACCCUGUCAUCCAGGAGUGUCGUUUAAGAGAUGAAAAUCAACAGGAACCUUCGGGUGACCUGGUCGAGGGCCAGGUAUCCUCCAAGUCAGCACUUCAGUUGAACAAACCUUUAAAUGGAGCUGCAGUUUCAUCAGCAGAUCCCACACCAGGUCCAUCAGGGGAGGGAGGAGAGGAAACCGAACAGCCUGCUGUACCUAAUGACAUCUUCGAUUACUAUGACAAGAUUGACAAGGAUGAAGAUGAUGACUUUGAAGACAUGAAAACAGUAUCAUUUGAGGUUAAACAGGAAAAUAUUGAAGAAAUACAAAAGAGGUGUAUAGAGCUGGAGUAUCCCCUUCUGGCAGAGUAUGACUUCAAGAAUGACACACACAAUGCUGAUAUCAACAUGGACCUUAAACCAUCCACAGUGUUACGGCCCUAUCAAGAGAAAAGUCUCAGGAAGAUGUUUGGAAACGGCCGAGCUCGCUCUGGAGUUAUUGUCCUUCCGUGUGGUGCGGGUAAGACCCUUGUGGGUGUGACAGCUGCGUGUACGAUUAGAAAGAGAUGCCUGUGUCUGGCCACAUCAGGUGUAGCUGUAGAACAGUGGCGCUCACAGUUUAAAAUGUGGUCAUCAGCAGAUGACAGUAUAAUCUGUAGGUUCACCUCAGAUGCUAAAGACAAACCUAUCGGCUGUUCCAUCUGCAUCAGUACCUACUCUAUGUUAGCACAUAGCCAGAAGCGAUCCUGGGAGGCUGAGAAAGUGAUGGAGUGGAUGCAGAGUCAAGAAUGGGGACUCAUGGUCCUAGAUGAAGUACAAACUAUACCUGCUAAGAUGUUCAGAAGGGUGUUGACAAUUGUAAAUGCCCACUGUAAACUUGGACUAACCGCUACACUGGUCCGAGAAGACGACAAGAUUGCCGACCUUAACUUCCUGAUAGGACCAAAACUUUACGAGGCAAAUUGGAUGGAGCUACAAAACAAAGGCUUCAUUGCCAGGGUGCAGUGUGCAGAGGUUUGGUGCCCUAUGACCCCCGAGUUUUACAGAGAAUACUUAAACACAAAAUCAAUGAAGAAAAUGUUGCUUGCGAUUAUGAAUCCUAACAAGUUCCGGUCCUGUCAGUUUCUUAUUCGCUACCAUGAACGCCGUAAUGAUAAAAUCAUUGUGUUCUCCGACAACGUGUUUGCACUGAAAAACUAUGCCAUAAGACUAAACAAACCGUACCUGUAUGGGCCUACAUCACAGGGGGAACGGAUGCAGAUCCUGCAGAACUUUCAACACAAUCCGAAAGUCAACACCAUCUUUGUGUCAAAGGUUGCAGACACAUCAUUCGAUUUGCCUGAGGCCAAUGUCCUUAUUCAAAUAUCAGCCCACGGUGGGAGUCGGAGACAGGAGGCCCAGAGAUUGGGCAGGAUUCUCAGGGCAAAAAAGGGUGCAGUUGCCGAGGAAUACAAUGCCUUCUUCUACUCACUGGUCACACAGGAUACUAUGGAGGUACAUUACUCACUGAAGCGUCAGAGGUUCCUCGUCAACCAAGGUUACAGCUACAAGGUCAUCACAAGAUUUGCUGGUCUGGAGGAGGAGAACUUGGCUUAUCGGACCAAAGAUGAACAGAUGCAGCUGUUACAGAAAGUGUUGGCAGCUACAGAACAGGAUGCCGAGGAGGAGCAGGGAGCUGGGGACGGGAUUAGACCUCAGAUGGCGAGAAAGGCAGGCAGCAUGAGUUCUAUGUCCGGUGCUGAUGAUGCUGUGUAUAUGGAAUACAGAAACAGGAAGGGACAGAACCUUCACCCGCUGUUUAAAAAGUUCCGGACAAAAUAGAUCCAAUCUAUACGGAAUACUUGAAACGUUUCUGUUUUAAGGACAAUUGUGGAAAUGAUUCCAGUGGAACUAGAUUUUCAAGAAGUGCUUUUUUCACAGAGUUGGAGGAUACCAUAUCAAAUUAUAUUACCAUAUUUGUAUGUAAAUUAGCCCCCACCCAAAAAUAAGCCAUCUGUAUGGGAGGGGUGGGAGGCAUCUUAUUCAGAGACCCCAUCAUUUUUCGUAUAAAGAUUGCUAGAAAAAUUGGGCUUUACCCCACCACCCAUACGAGGUCCGCCCACCCCUCCUACAGAUAAUUCUGGAAUAGCCCUAAUGUCCGACCUCCUACCCUUCCUUUAAAUAAUUUUGGACCAGCCCUUAUGUCCGUACCUCCCACCCCUCCUACAAAUGAUUCUGGACUAGCCCUAAUGUCGGUACCUCCCACCCUUCCUACAGAUAAUUCUGGAAUAACCCUGAUGUCCAUACCUCCCACCCCACAUAGCUAAUUCUGGAUUAGCCCUAAGCUUAAAUGGUUCACAAAUAAGAAGUCCUAGAUUUUCUGAACUGUUGCGCAGGUGAGGGGGAUUAUUUGGGGGAAAAUAUGGCUGAUAUACUUCAGUCAUUCAGUUAUCACAAACCUAACUUGGAUUAUGUAUGCUGUAGAGGUGUUUAAACAGAAAGUCUUUGAAGAAAUGUGUAAGUGUUUUUGUACCAAUGUAUAUAAGUUAAGAUUAAAUAGAUCAUUUUUCUGAUAAAAUUUUGAUAUUUAAAAAAAAAAAGG